GCACGACAUGGGAGCAUAACGCGACCAGAGCCGGGGACAGGGAUCAAGGUCCACUUCAAGGACUCGAAGGGGAACUUGAUCAAAACAGUAGAGGCGAUGGAAGGCGACGACAUUCUCUCCAUUGCACACGAAUACGACAUCGACCUCGAGGGUGCCUGCGAGGGCUCAAUCGCCUGCUCGACUUGCCAUGUCAUCCUCCCCGAAGAAUACUUCGACAAGCUCCCCGAACCCUCCGACGACGAGAACGACAUGCUCGACAUGGCGUUCGGCCUCACCGACACGAGUCGCCUCGGCUGCCAGGUCCAGCUUACGAAGGACCUUGACGGCAUGACGAUCACUCUCCCCGCUGCGACGCGGAAUAUGUUCGUGGACGGUGCGUCGCCGACCUGGCACUGUUUCUGA